UCCUCCUGUAAGUUGCCAGCCUCAGCCUUCUCACGAACUCUUGAUGUAGCCUUUCAAAUGGGUAGAUAUAGAUGGCUGAUAGGAUCCCUUUCGCCUGCAGAGUCUCCAAUCACGCACGCACGCACGAAAGAAAAAAAGCUGAAGUACCGAGGACAAAGUAGCCAGAUUCCAACAACAUAGCCCGCCAUGCAUCCGUCGACGCCCACCUCGAAGCUUCACGACCGCACCUCGCGAGACCUGAAAGGAAAGCGACCUCUCACGAUCGUGAUCAAGCUCGGCACAUCGUCGAUCUGCGACGAGAAGACCCACGAACCUCUGCUGUCGAACCUCUCGCUCAUCGCCGAGACGUGUAUCCGCCUCCGAAGGGACGGCCACAGAGUCAUCCUCGUGUCUUCCGGCGCUAUCGGCAUUGGCUUGAGACGAUUGGAUCUGGAUAAACGCCCCAAGCACCUGGCGGCUGUGCAGGCGAUUGCGGCCGUUGGACAAUGCCGGCUCAUUGCCCUAUGGGAUGAGCUGUUCUCCCACCUACGACAACCGGUCGCGCAGAUCCUGUUGACCAGGAACGACAUCGCGGAUCGAACGCAAUACCUCAAUGCGGCAAAUACCCUGAACGAACUCCUGCACAUGGGAAUCGUUCCCAUCGUGAACGAGAACGACACGCUCGCCGUCACUGAAAUCAAAUUCGGAGACAACGACACGCUGUCUGCCAUCACUGCAGGAAUGGUCAACGCGGACUAUCUAUUCCUCAUGACGGAUGUCGACUGCCUGUACACCAACAACCCGCGCACACAUCCCGAUGCGAAGCCGGUCGAGGUGGUGGAGGACAUCUCGAGUCUCGAAGUCGAUGUGUCAUCCGCGGGCUCCAGCCUCGGCACCGGCGGCAUGUCGACGAAGCUCACGGCCGCGCGCCUCGCCACCUCCGCCGGCGUAACAACCAUCAUCACGCGCUCCUCGACGCCCAGCAACAUCUUCCACAUAGUGGCGUACUGCCAAACGCUCAAGCGGGAGUCUAUGACAUCUACCCCGGUGAUGUCGCGGAACUCCAGCUACACGACGCUCACCUCCCUCCACCACAGCAGCAGCGGGGGCGGCCCCGACCCCGUCGCCGCCUCCGCCGCGCUCUACUCCGCGGCCCAGAUGCCUACGCCGCCUUUGCGCAGCGUGCCCGGCACGCCGACACUCCACCCACCAUGCCCUUUGCACACACGCUUCGUCGCGAAACCCCGCGCGCUCCGCGACCGCUACUUCUGGAUCCUGCACGGGCUCAAGCCGCACGGCACACUGGUGAUCGACGAGGGGGCGUACCGGGCGCUGACACGCACGGACAAGGCGGGGCUGCUCCCUGUCGGCGUGCUUGACGUGCUCGGCUCCUUCGCGCAGCAGGAGUGUGUCAGUGUCGUUGUUGCGAAGCGGAAUGCCGAGAGUGAACUCGGAUAUGAUGCUGGCCCAGAGGUCGGGAGAGCCCUCGUUAAUUAUACUUCCGUUGAGAUUGCGAGGAUUAAGGGCCAGAGGAGUAGUCAUAUCCAUGAGCUGCUGGGGUACGCUGACUCCGAGUAUAUUGCGUACCGUGACAAUACCGCCUUCUUUGAUAGGAAUUUGGAUACGCCGACCCCGACCAUGACGCCGACUCCGCAGUAGGGCGGGAGACGUCAAGACGCGAUGAGUGUUGGACAGUGUGGAAGGGAGGGUUUGCUUGCGUAGAAAUAAGUACUUAGAGGAUGAAGAAUACGAUACAAUGGUAUGAUCAGGCGUGGAUGAGGUACAGAUAGGUCCAUGGAAAGUGACUUCUCUAAAUGAAUGCGGUUCACCACUUGACUGCGAGACAAAUGGAGCGGGUGUUUCUUUUGUUGCAUCAAUUGUAAGCUUGAAUGGAAC